UCUUGGCCAAUCAGAUGUGGGCUGGCUGUAGCAGUUACACGGCGGAAAACACUGUUGGCGGGAUCACGUAGAAAGGAAACUGGUGUCAUGGACGUGGAUAUGGCGGAGGCUGAGAGUACUCAGAAGCCACUACGGAGUGGAGUGAAGGAGAGCGCAGAAGUCUCGGAUGCUCCGUCUACGAGCUCGGGAGGUUCUGCAUCCUACGAAGUUCCGUGGGUGGAGAAAUACCGGCCCCUGAAACUGGACGAGAUCGUGGGCAACGAGGAGACUGUGCGCCGCUUGGAGGUUUUCUCCAGAGAGGGAAACGUGCCAAACAUCAUUAUUGCAGGUCCUCCAGGCACAGGAAAAACCACCAGCAUUCUGUGUUUAGCUCGAGCAUUGUUGGGAGCGUCUAUGAAGGAGGCUGUACUGGAGCUGAAUGCUUCCAACGACAGGGGUAUAGAUGUGGUGAGGAACAAAAUCAAGAUGUUUGCACAACAGAAAGUCACGUUGCCCAAAGGACGACAUAAAAUCAUCAUCCUGGAUGAGGCUGACAGUAUGACCGAUGGUGCUCAGCAGGCGCUGAGGAGGAUCAUGGAGAUCUACUCGAAGACGACUCGUUUUGCUCUUGCAUGCAACGCCUCUGACAAAAUCAUCGAGCCAAUACAGUCUCGCUGCGCUGUGCUGCGUUACUCCAAACUGACGGACGGACAGAUCCUGGCACGGCUGCAGGAUGUGGUGGAAAGGGAGCGUUUGUCCGUGUCCGAUGAUGGCCUGGAGGCAGUCAUUUUCACUGCACAGGGAGACAUGAGACAGGCGUUGAACAACUUACAGUCCACGCACGCCGGCUUUGGUUACAUCAGUAGUGAAAACGUGUUCAAGGUGUGUGAUGAGCCUCACCCGCUGAUGGUUAAAAGCAUGCUGGGACACUGCGUGGAGGGAAACAUCGACCAGGCGUAUAAAGUGGUGGAGCAGCUGUGGGCACUGGGCUAUUCUCCUGAGGACAUCAUCGGAAACAUCUUCAGGGUCUGUAAGACCUACAACAUGGCGGAGUAUCUCAAACUGGAAUUCAUAAAGGAGAUCGGCUACACUCAUAUGCGAGUGGCCGAAGGAGUCAACUCUCUGCUGCAGAUGGCUGGACUGGUGGCUCGGCUUUGCAACAAGACGUUGGCGCCCCCUGCCAGCUGAGGCUUUACCUGCUAUUGUAGGUACUUUACGAUGGUCCUCCUGGUAACUGAUGCUCCGUACUCCACUCUUCGAGAUGACAGACUAGAUUUAUCUGUUGCACUUGUUUCACAUCAGAGACUCGGUGUCUCCCUCUAGAGGCACAAUUGUGUAAAGCAAAACAAAAUCCGCAACUCCUGUUUUGAUAGUCCCAAGUGGAAUCUUUGAUGUAAAUGUUCAAGAAUAUACAGCUUUGAAAUAAAAGUACUUUGAGAAAGAAUAUAAAGACAAAACCCAUCUGUA